GAGUUAGGAAUUUGACCACAGCAGAAGGAAAACAGAGAGACAACAAUGGUGGGAAGUGAAUGCCUUUCAAACGCUCCCAUUCUCAAUGCUUCAAGUGGUGUUGGCUAUGUUACCAAUAUCGCUGGUGUUAACACCUAUGUCACUGGUUCUCCUCUCGCUAUUCUUGCCAUUGUUCUUGUUUCUGAUGUUUAUGGAUUUAAACCACCACUUUUAAGGAAAAUUGCUGACAAAGUUGCAAACCAUGGGUAUUUUGUGGUGGUUCCUGACUUCUUCCAUGGAGAACCCUACAAUCGUGACAAUGCAAGCAGGCCUUUCACUCCUUGGUUAAAUGAUCAUGACCCGGGAAAAGGUAUUGAAACUGCAAAACCUAUCAUUAAAGCCUUGAAAAGAAAAGGUGCUUCUGCUGUGGGAGUUGCUGGUUUCUGUUGGGGUGCUAGAACUGUAACUAACCUUGGAAAAGCCAAACUUGUUCAAGCUUCUGUGCUAUUACAUCCAUCAUAUAUCACUGUGGAUGACAUCCGUGGUGUUGAAGUUCCAAUUGCUAUACUUGGAGCUGAGCACGACUCACUCUCUCCUCCAAAGCUCUUAAAUCAAUUUAAACAAGUCUUAAAAGCUAAACCUGAGAUUGAUAGUUAUGUGAAGAUAUUUGCUAACGUCUCCCAUGGAUGGACUGUGAGGUACGAUCCUAAUGAUCCAAAAGCUGUGAAGGCUGCAGGGAAGGCUCAUAAAAUCAUGAUAAAUUGGUUUGAUAAACAUCUUAAGAAGUGAGAAAUAUGUUGUCAUGUGAUGUUUGAUUUCUAUCCUUUUGUCUGCUUGAAGAAUGGGGAAGAGGAGCUACCACGUUGUCUUUAUCAAACAAAUAAAUUGUAUCAGGACAAAUGUUAUCUGACAGAUUAACCAUAAAAAUAUGACAGAAGCCAAUUUUCAAAUGCUCUGUUUUUUA